AGACGACGCGCGCAGAUGACGUUUGGCUCGCGGGGCAGCUCGGCAGCAUGGCGUCCGUGGCGCUGAGUGAGGCGGAGAAGGUGUACAUCAUGCACGGCGUACAGGAAGACCUCCGCGUGGAUGGCCGUGGCUGUGAGGACUACCGAUGUGUCGAAGUGGAAACUGAUGUGGUGUCCAACACCAGCGGAUCCGCCAGGGUCAAGCUGGGUCACACAGACAUCUUGGUGGGAGUGAAAGCAGAAAUGGGGACGCCGAAGCUGGAGAAACCAAAUGAAGGCUACUUGGAGUUCUUUGUUGACUGUUCAGCCAAUGCUACCCCUGACUUUGAAGGUCGAGGAGGUGAUGACCUUGGCACAGAGAUCGCCAACACCCUCUAUCGGAUAUUUAGCAAUAAGAGCAGUGUCGACCUGAAGACCCUCUGCAUUAGUCCUCGGGAGCACUGCUGGGUUCUCUAUGUGGAUGUACUGCUGCUGGAAUGUGAUGGAAAUUUGUUUGAUGCCAUUUCCAUUGCUGUAAAGGCUGCUCUCUUCAAUACAAGGAUACCAAGGGUUCGAGUUCUGGAGGAUGAAGAGGGGUCAAAGGACAUUGAAUUGUCUGAUGACCCUUAUGACUGCAUACGACUAAGUGUUGAGAAUGUCCCCUGCAUUGUCACUCUGUGCAAGAUCGGCUAUCGGCAUGUGGUGGAUGCUACUCUUCAGGAGGAGGCCUGCUCCUUGGCCAGCUUGCUAGUGUCAGUGACCAGCAAGGGAGCUGUGACGUGCUUGAGGAAAGUGGGGAAGGGCAGCCUGGACCCAGAGAGCAUCUUCGAGAUGAUGGAGCCUGGAAGCCCCUCAGGGCAGGGACAGGGUCCUGCUCACCUGUUUUCCAGACCUUCCUUCCCCUCCUCCACCUCGCUUUUCUGACUGACUGACUGACAGAACUUCCAGGAAUGGAGUUAGCUGGAUUUGAUUAUUCAUACUUUCUUGUAACCUCUAUAUCACCACACAUGCCCAGAGAUCAUUGCUUAGUAGCAAGCACUCUUCCUUCAUUUUUAGAAACGAUGACCUCUUACUGAAGAAUUCAAGAACAUGACUUCUACUUUCUUUCUUUAUCAUCUUAUUUAAAAGGGCAGAAUGAGCACUGUAUAUAGCAUGGAGUUACCAACCAUGGUCUCUGAAGGUGUGCUGCCCUGGCUGCAAAUCCCGGCUCUGGGCCGUAGCCCCCCUCAUCUGCAAAGUGGGACUGAUAAUAUAUCUUUUCCAGACACUGCUGAGGUUGUUAUUAGGAUGAUGUGAGGUGUAGAGGGGAGGCACAUGUCAGAGUGUCUGAUACAUCAUCAAUUCUCAGCAAAUGGUAGCUGUUACUCUUUGUGCUCCAUUAAGCAUCCUGAGUUCACAUUUCCCUAGAAUUAAUGCUGCAUAAAUACUACCAAAGGCCUCUGGACAAGGGACUGUCAAACUUUGUUUCAGAAGGUACUCUUCUCCCUCCCAGGAGAGUUUAUGAGAAUUUCUCUAAGCAACAACAAGCACAAUAAGCAAAUAAUAGCUAAAGUUUCUUGUGUGCUUACUGUAUACCAGACACUGCUUUAAAUAUAUCAUUUAAUCCUCAACAACCUGUGAGGUAACUAUUAUUAUUGUCCUCAUUUUUAUAGAUGAGGAAACUGGGCACACAGAGGCUAAACAGCUUGCCUACAGGUUUCUCUGCUCAUAAAUACUGGAGCUAGGAUUCAAACUCAGACUGUGUGCCUCCAGAGCCCCUGCUCCCAGCCACUGUGCACUGUGCAGUGUGCAGUGUCAGCCUUAUAAACCAGAUCUGCCCUGGCUGUCAUGGAUGGCAGAACCAGAGCUCUGUUCAGUGACCCGAGCUUUGUGUUCCCCUCCGGUUUGGGGGAUGAGUUCUGCUAACUCUGGUCAGGGGACAAUAGCCCUGUGGCCCUGUCUUACUGUUUAUCUCACACAGGGAUGCAGCAAUCUGGAAAUGGCUCAGUGGUGGAGCUGAGAGCCUUGGGGUGGUUGUGCAGGCUGCUACCCUCAGCCUCUGCAGUUGCCUUCCUGCAUCUGGAUUCAGAAGUGUCAAGGCCUCUCAAGUCCUAGCAUCCUGUUCAUUUCAUCUCCUGUUGUCCUCUCUCCCCACCCUCAUGUAUAUGAAUAAUCAGUACCACUGUUUGACAGACUCAGACUUUUUUUCUUUUUCUAAUGUUAUGGAAAAAAUCUUUCCAAAGCCCCCACCACCUUUUUUUUUUUUUUU